AUGUGGGAUGAGAAAGAAAUCCGCAAUGAAUGGGAUAAGGAGGCCAAACAUUUAAACUAUGGGGAGAUUGAAAGAAAGCGUAAGGAAAAGGUUGACGAGUUAGCAUAUAGGCUUUUGGUAGAAAGGGAAAAGGCAAAUAAAAACAUUGAGGAAGAGCUUCAAAGGCUUCGUGACCAGGAGAAGGAUCUUACUGAAGCAAGAAGCAUUUCUGUAGAUGUAGAAGAGAUGACUGAGGAGACGCACGCCGAUGACCCUGACGUCUCUGAUUUUUCUACAUCUGGUAAAGAGUUACAAAAUAGUAUCAAUGAAGCACAGCCCUCAUGCCCUACGAACAUACCUUUCACGGAGGAGCUUGUCUCAAGAUUUAUUUUGAACAAUGGCUAUGUGUCAAUAGAAGAAAAUAUCUGGAAAGAAAAGCUCGUCAUGCCAAAGGCAGCACAAAUGCAGGCAAAGAUCCAGAUUAAUAAAAGGCUGACCCAAGUCAGCGGAAAGGCCGGGCAGGUAGGAAAAAUAUUCAAUGUCCUUAGAGAAUAUUCACAUUCUUAUGUGUUUUUAGAGACAUUUACCUUAAAAAUAGUUGAACAAGGAAGAUUGCAGGUAAGCUCAUGCCCUGGCUCAUAUAGGGAAUUUUCUGAGCUUUUCUGUAUGUUCUACUCUCCUGAACUGAUGGAAUACUUUCGGGUUAUUUUAUUUACUAGGGAAGCUUCUGUAAAUACUAUCAAAGGAAUCUACAGCAUUUACUUUGGAGUGCUUGAAAUUCAGAAUAAUGCCGAUGAAGCAUGGUUUUUUAUCGCAUCUGUACUGAACUCGAAGCAGAACAAACUAUCAUGCUAUGUUGUAGAGUGUUUUUUCUCCAUACUAGGAGACUUACUGUUUAGAGAAUGCAGGAGGCCUUUCUUCAAGCUCAUGGAAUAUGUCAAGAAGUAUUACUUCAAAGAGAUGAACAACGAGCCAUGCAAGACAAGGAUAGUCUCUGCGUUUGAGAGAUAUGGGAUGCAAUGCGACUGA